GCUCCAGGUUGCCGAGUCUUUUGUUUUGCUCUUUUAGCAGUACAGACAUCUGCAGCAGAAGCUGGACUGGGUUGAGGGGGGGAGGUGGGCCUCCCAGCCCGGCUGGCGCGGCUCCGCCCGCGUCCUGGUCUCCUCCUGCUGCCGGGGGCGCGUUGUUGUGUCCCGCCGCCUGUUGGUUUCCCGCCGCCCCUGCUGGCUGGUUUCCCGCUGCUACUGCCUGUCCGCCACCAUGGGGAGCUGCCGCUACUGCUCCUCCUCCACCGCCGCUGCUCUGCUGUUGGUUAGCUACGGGCGGCAGUCCACCGGGAGGCGGCGGUGGUGGCGGUGGAGGUUGCGCUGGCUGCGCUGGCUUCAGCUGCUCGGGGGGAACCUGACCCUGCUGCUGCAGCUAGACACCAUGGGCUCGGACAAGGCACACGACCUCCGGAACCUCGGGAAGGCCGAGCUUACCGCCAAGCUCACCGAGCUCCGAACCGAGCUCCAGACGCUGCGCGUAGCGCAGGUGACCGGCGGCGCUGCCUCCAAGCUCGCUAAGAUCGCGGUCGUUCACAUGAAGUACGUGCCCCUCGACCUUCGCCCUAAGAGGACUCGCGCCAUCCGCCGCCGUCUGAACGCUGACCAGCGGGCCAUCAAGACCGACUCCAUACCGGUCGCCCCGAUGGUCUAG